AUGAACUGGGAUUCGACGGAUAAUGGGAAACAAUGCUUAGAAAUCCUUGCUUUGAGCUACUACGACUUGCCUUACAACAUGAAAUCUUGUUUUCUUUACUUGGGAGCUUUCCCACAAGGUUCUGAAAUCAGUGCCUCAAAAUUGACCAAGUUGUGGAUCGGAGAUGAUCUGAUACCCAAAGAAGAAGGCAUAACACUAGAGGGUACUGCAACCAACUACUUGGAGGAGUUGGCACAAAGGUGCCUGGUUGAAAUAGUGAAGCGAGGACCUGAUAUGAGUAUUAAAAAGGUAAGAGUCCACGACCUCUUGGGUGAGCUAGCAAAGUCAGAAGCAAGAGAGACGCGAUUCCUUCGGGUAGAAACUAUAACUAGUAUUGAAGAGGAGUCAAAGCCCCAAGAGAUAGCUGCUCGUCGUGUGGCGCUCCAUCCAAGCUCCGAUAAAUUAACAGGAAUUUUCAAUGAAAAACUAAGAGCUCUUUUAGUUUUCCCCACAGGCAGAAUCAUCCAAACCUCUAGGGACAAUAGGAAAAAAUGGUGGUUCUGUGACUGGUCAAAAGAUUGCUUCAACUUUUUUCGAAAAAUUAAUCGAUCUGAUAAAAGAAUGGAAUUCCUCAAAGUGCUCGAACUUGAUGGAUUUGAAGAAGGCGACAGGCUUGGACUUUAUAUUGAAGAUAUGACUAGAUUAAGAUACUUGGGAUUGAAAGAUACCAGUUUUGCGGCGAUACCAUAUUUCAAUGGGAUCCCUCCACAUCUGCAGACUCUAGAUAUAAGAGGUACAUCUAUCACAGAGUUGCCAUCUGAAGUUUGGACGCUUACAAAGCUUCGCCACUUAUACUUGAACUCAGUGCGUUUGCUGAACUCACAAGCAUUGAGGUCUGGCAUGCCACUUCAUAAUCUUCAAACCCUUAAAAUCGAUGAUUAUUAUCAAAACACCAGGAACAGCCAAUUGGUUGGGUGUCUUAAGUUGUUAAGUAGUCUGAACACUCUAACAUUACGAGCCAACGCGAUCCCUCAAAAGGUUUUUACAGCAACAUCAACUCAUGCAAAGUUACAUAAGUUGAAGUUAGAUGGAACAUUGCAGCCCAAUGAACUCUGCGGUAUCGAAAAUUUCGCACCUAACAUCGCCGAGCUCACAUUGUCUCGCUCAAACUUGCAAGGAGAGCCAACUCAAACACUAGGGCAGCUAAAAAACCUCAGGAUUCUCAAAUUGAGAGACGAUGCUUGCCAAUGUGAGAAUAUUUCUUGUUCUCCAGGCAGCUUCCCAAAUUUAUCUUAUCUUGAGCUCAGCAACCUAUGUCAUCUAGCAUUGCUCAACAUUGAGCCCGGAUCCUUUCCAAAUCUUAUGCACUUGUCUAUCCAUCGUUGCGACAAUCUGCAUGCGGUUCCGAAUGGUCUGAAUCACAUCACCACCUUACAAGUUCUAGAAUGUAAAGAGAUGCCCUCUAGUUUCGUGAAGGAGAUUAAUGAUUGGCGCAGGACGCAUCCUGCUGUGAGAGUCAUCAUCCCAGACCGCCAGCCACCACAAGAUCUUUCUCCAACAGCCUAAACAUAUCGUUGUGUUGAAGAUGGAUCUAACUUCAAAUGAAUUCUUGCCCGGCAACUGAUGCAAUUCGAAAGGAAAAGUUGUUUGAAGAGCUUUUGAAAGUUGAGGGACUCGUCGAUGAGGAUCGUAUGGUUGCUUACGAUAUCUUAACAUCUGAUACAACCAAACUAACUGGAUUUUACGGAAUUCCGGCAGAGUUUAGAAAGGAAUAUAUUGAGUAUAUUCUAACUACAUGUAGAUAAAGUUGUUUUAUAUUUUGCAAUGACUAGAGAAUAUCAAACUUUGGUAUUUUGUUUAUGUUUUCAAUGUCUAUGAAGCGUUGAACUUAUUUGUUGUUUACUUUCUAUGAUAGAUGUUGCUUUCUUGUUUGGACUUGUUAUGAAUAUUUGAUGUUGCUUAAAAAUUUUUAUUUUUGAA